UCGCGAGAAACUGGGCAGGUGAGACUCACCUGGGAGGCUGGCCAACGGGUUGCAUUGCUCCACCUGAAACAGUAGCUCCGACAGGGGCAAUGGGGACGCAGGUGAGGAAAGGCUUCCACCGACAAGACGUUAACAAGACCAUAUGGGAGGUGCCGGUCAGGUACACCGAUCUCAGCCCGAUAGGAUCAGGGGCGUACGGGAGUGUGUGUUCAGCUAUUGACCAGAAGACAGGGGAGAAAGUAGCUGUGAAGAAGUUGCACCGGCCCUUCCAGUCUUUACUUCACGCCAAGCGAGCGUAUCGUGAACUGCGACUGCUCAAACAUAUCAAACAUGAAAAUGUGGUUUGUUUGCUGAAUGUCUUUUCACCCGAGGACUACUUACAGACAUUCCAGAGCUUUUACAUGGUGAUGCCUUUCAUGAAGUGCGACCUCGGUCACAUCAUGAAGAAACAGAAGCUCUCUGAGAACAUGGUGGUGUUUCUCCUUUACCAGAUUCUAUGUGGUCUGAAGUACAUCCAUUCUGCUGGGAUUAUACACAGGGACCUUAAACCUAGUAAUCUAGCAGUGAACCAGAACUGUGAACUAAAGAUUUUGGAUUUUGGAUUAGCUCGUCAUACCGAGAUGGAAAUGACAGGCUACGUCAUUACUCGCUGGUACCGACCCCCUGAGGUUAUACUGAAUUGGAUGCAUUAUAGUUACUCAGUGGAUAUUUGGUCAGUGGGCUGCAUCCUGGCUGAGAUGGUCACAGGGUCUGUGAUCUUCCCUGGAUUUGACCAUUUUGACCAGCUGAAAAAGAUCAUGAAUGUAACAGGAACACCACCAAAAUACCUGGUGGAUAACAUGAAGAGCAAAGAUGCAAGAAACUAUGUCUGUUCUCUCGUACCACAAGAGAAGAAAAAAUUCCAGCAAAUUUUUCCCACAAUGAAAAAGCAAGCUGUUGACCUGCUUGAAAAGAUGUUAAUUCUAGAUCCUGACAGGAGAAUAACAGCCAGUGAGGCACUAGCACAUCCUUAUCUCAGUGAACAUCAUGAUCCAAACAAUGAGCCAGAAGCAGAACCAUAUGAUGAUUCCUUUGAAAAUCUAGACCUAAAGGUUGAAGAAUGGAAAAGCCUUCUUCACAUGGAGAUUACAACUUUUGACCCAGAUAACCCAAGGCAAAUGGCAACCUGAUACAACUUGGUCACUAGUAGCAGUACUUUCAUCCGAAAUGAAUCUGGAAUCAUGAAGCCAAGUCCUAGCAGUAUCAUUUGCAUCUGUUCUUCUCUUUGUAGGACUGAUUAUACAUGGCCCAAUGUUUCAAAAUAGUUAAGGACAGCUAAGUCCAGUCUGGUGAUUUUAACAUCUAUCUGAUAUUGUCCAAAUAAUAAACUGGCAGCCACCGUCCACCAUAAUUACUGUCUAAAGAAUGUCCGUGAUCCUACAUCUAACUUAAAUUACCAUUCUUUGACACAACAGGUAUCUUUUUGGUUUAGAUUUUAAAGGAAGCAUCGAGAUUAAAAACUCAAAUGAUUGGAGUUUCUGAUGAGUUGUCCAGUUCUGCUUGAAGUUCUAAUUCAACACCACACAUUAGUAAAUUUAUAUUUUUUUAUUAUUUCCAUUCUUCCUGAUGCUGAUUGCUAUGUGCUGACCACCAUUGCAAUGAGCACAAAAUGGUCAUCAUAUCUGGGCAAGUUAGUUUUGUGUGUGACUGAGCAUCAGUAGUGUUAAUUAGAUCCCUGGCAUCAACUUCACAGGCAAAAUAUUGGCCCUUCUUGUAACUGAGAAUAUCCUCUUCUUUUGGUAUUUGGCCCGUUUGCUAUCUACAUUAUAGAAUCUAUACAGUUAUCAUGUUGAUUCCUCACUAACUUUCACAAUCACUAUGACAGCCUCAGAGUUAUCCAAGCUAUAGCUGUCUGCUUCAGGAAAUACCUGUUCUACUCCUUUGUGCUGAUAGAAAUGAUACCCAGAUCACAAUCCACUUCCAGAAAAUAUUGCUGCUGGCAAUCAGAAGUGAUUGCUAGAAGUGGUGGCUAGACUUAACACAACAAGAAACAAGAGUAGGCAGGGACUGCACUUGGGACUUUUCCCAGGAGGGGAGGGUUAUCAUCAGGUCUGGGACCACCCAGGCUUGGCGUGCCCUUUCGUUUAUUUUAAAAGCAUGGAUCCCAAGUCUUACUUGGUGCCAAUAACUAGUUACAAAUACCUGUGGGGUGGCCAAGGAAAUAAAUGCACUUCAUCAGGCUUGGUUUUUGUUUAGAUUGGCCACAGGUCAGGAUUUUAUAUCAUAGCAGACCCCUCAGCAGGCACAUGGGGCUGUCGCCACCACCUGCAGCUUCUUUUCCAAGUCUAAACCCUACAACUCCCUAUCCAGUAACACUGUGGGAAUAUCUCACCAGAAGGUUUAUCACCCAAUCCAAGAACACUUAGAUUAGGCAACAAACGUUAGUCUUGACAGGAAUGCUGAUAGCUCAUUGAAAAUAAAUGAAAUCUUGGCCUUGCCCAUCUACCUUUACCUUAAAAGAUUAUCCACAUCUUCUAUUGUUAAAGCUUUUUCUCUGUGUUAUUCAUAGAUUCUCAUUGACUUUUCACUGUUCAGUGCUGAAGACUUGAAUAUUUCAUCCUUUUCUAGGGAUAUUAUUGUCUCCCUUUUUGUCUAGGAAAAAUGGCAGCAGUCUUUCAUCUCUAUUCCCUAUAACAACUGCUUUCAAAUACAGUGUUCUCUCUCUCCUCCAUUAGCAUUAUAGUUAGGAUGCUAAAGAACCCUGUAACUGUCACGGGAUAUCAGCCGCCAUGGACAGUGAGAAAAAGUCAGAAGCUGGGCAACCUCCUCUCUGUAAGGAUGCAAUAAAUCAAAAGCAAACCAUGCUUAUUCUGACAAGUUGACAUACAAGCUAUCCAUAUUGCCAGAUGGAAGAGUGCAAAUCCCCCCCUUUUAAAUAUAAUAUUUAACACUCCUUUCCAUCGAUCCCAGACUGUAAAAUAUUUUCUUUGACAAGGCAGAGCUAUGUUUAAAAGACAGUCUCCAAAUGCAUUCCCUAUCCUUUGUCACAAACAAAAGCUUUAAGCUACAAAUUAAAUAAAACCCUUCCUUGUAGCAAAGAUUCAUUAAGCCAAUGUUCACUAACUGGGGGAGAGCUAUAUUUGUUAUUGCUGAAGUCACGUAAAAGGCAAAGAUUCAACUAUGUGCCUGAAGCCUCCCUUGAGAAAUGCAACAUCUCCAGUGACUCCUGGGAAUCCGUUGCCUCUGACUCAGAUGAAAUAUUAGGAAUGGUAUUGAGAAUCAGGUCCCAUACAGCAGGAGCACAGAGGAGUCCUGUGUAAGCAGACAGCAGGAGCACAUCACUUCAUAAACUACUCACAGGCUCACCCCCAUCAGGCACCUGCUGUCUCAUUGGUCUCAGCAGUGACCCCAGAACCUACAAAACCAGAGUGGAAGGAAGUCAUCCUCAAUCCCGAGGGACUGCCUAAGACUACCAUAGUGAGUCUAGCUCUCAAAUUCUAUCUUCCAUUAAUCUUCAAAUCCGUUGUUUGCAAUUCCAAAAUGGAGAUGGAGGCAACUCUUACCACAGAAUUGUUCUCUUCAUGAGGACAUUAAGUCUGUGGAACUUCCUAACAACCUCUCUUCACUUCUAUAAAACUGAAGCUGAAUAUUACCUAAUCAUUACUUUCUGAUAUAUGUGUAUAUAAAAACAACUUUGCAUCUUGUCAGUGAGCUUUAUCCAUUCGAGUAAAAAAAGAAUCUUCCUGUGGCACAUGAAGGGGCAUCUCAAGAUUCACAGUAAAUCAGCAUUGUCAGCACACUACUCUUUGCAGGAAGCCCAGUGCAGUAAAACUAUGAUAAUGCAGUACGCUGAGGCCUUUGAAGUUGUCAUACUGGCAGAUUUUAGACUGCUGGAUGUUAUUUGUAAUGAUACCCCAACACACUUUUAAAUCACUUUAAGAUGCUACACUAAUACAAUAAAUUUUUCUGUUACCCUAGUAAAUUAAAAGGGAGCUUGGGAACAAGAGCCCCAGCAAGAUGAACAAGAACACAGCAAAUACUUAGUGGUCUAGAUGCCAAACAGUCAGGAUUUCCAAAUGCUCAGAUGACAGAUUAACAGAGCUUUACUGUAUUCCAUGAAAUGUAGGAUAGGUUCCCUAGCAAAAUACAAUGUAGCAUGGGACAAAAUAAAACACUUCACUAUUUCAACAGCAGAACAUUUACCUUUUCAGUCCUUGUAACAUAUUGUACAUCCCAAUUACACAAUCAUAGUAUUCUGUUCAUUGACAGUAUGUAGCUAAUUGAAGAUCACCAUGUUCAGUGCAUCGCUGCUUUAAGCUUGCUGCAUUUGUUUAAUUAUUGGUUUAGGAACUGGCAUUUUUCUUUUCAGUAAUUGAAUGAACUUGCAACUCCUUAACGAUGUAUAUUUUAAAGUUCUGAAACAAAUAAACUAUUUUACACUUUAGAGGUCUCAGCUUCAGUUCAUACACAUGACACAAUAUCAUGCAGUUUGUGUAUUGUUGGGCAAGUAUAGAAAGGGGAAGACUAAUUAGGUUCUGACCACAAGAACAGUAUCCACCACAUGCCAUUAUUGUUCAGAGGGUUUAGCUAUUUAAACCUGGAAAACCAGGACUCCAUAUGGUUAUGUUCCACCCAUAUGGGCAGGAUUGAUAGUCCUGCAGGACUUAGUGACGUUUUUAGUAUUGCAACUUUCUCAAAUCGACACACACUCUUUAAAAUCCACUGUUAUUUUAC